ACGUUUACGUAAUCUAACAUGGCGACCGUCAACCCGUAGAUUUACACAACGACAACAAGUUUUGACUAUCGAGCAUUUGGUGACUUGAAAACCACCACGUUAUACUUCUUAUUAAUAUAAUAUUUUUCCGAGUGUUUGAGAUGUAUCGCCGCGGAGCAAAGAAAGACCACAACAUCAAACCCGUGAAAAAGGACUUGAGUGACAGCGAUAAGUACGCGGACCUCUUGGUUUUCGGCUAUGCCUGCAAACUGUUCCGAGAGGACGAAAAGGCUGUUUACCACGAUCGUGGAAAACAUCUUAUACCAUGGAUGGGGGACAAGAGCAUCAUGAUUGAUAGAUAUGAUGGACGGGGUCACUUACAUGACCUUUCAGAGUAUGACAGCGGGUCAUGGAAUACGUCCUACCAGCUGUCUGAGGAAGAGGCAAGGAUUGAGGCGCUGUGCGAUGAGGAGAGGUACCUGGCUCUGCACACCGACCUGCUGGAGGAGGAGGCUAGACAAGAGGAGGAGUACAAACGUCUAAGCGAGGCUUUGGCUGAUGAAGGCACUUACAACGCAGUGGCCUUCAAAUACAGCGCCGACUACUAUGAUCCUUCACAGCCCACAGAGGAGGAGGACGCCAACAAGGAGCAGGAGGAGGGAGAGCCGGGGGGAAGUGAAGAACCAUUCGUUGCUCCCGCAGGACUUGCCAUCCCACCUGAUGUGGAACUACCUGCCACUGUCAAGACCCACAACAUCAUUGAGAGGACAGCCAAAUUUGUGCGUCAGCAGGGGGCUCAGUUUGAAAUAGUGCUAAAAGCAAAGCAAGCCGGGAACUCCCAGUUUGACUUUCUCCGUUUUGACCAUUACUUAAACCCAUAUUACAAACACAUCCUGCGGGCCAUGAAGGAAGGUCGAUACAACCUUGGUUCUGUCAACAAACAAGAGCUGUCACAGGAAACAGAUUCAGAAGAUUCUGAUGAUGAUGGAGAUGGUAACUACCUUCAUCCAAGUCUGUUCGCCCCUAAAAAGUGCUCUCGCCUGGAAGAGAUUACUAAGCCAUUAAAGGUUAUGGACCCCGAUCAUCCCCUAGCUGCAAUUGUACUAAAAGCCCAACAAGAAAGAAACGGCACAGCAGCAGCGGCUGCUGCACCAGCAGCACCAGCUACAAAUCCUGAAGAGCCUGUAUCCACGACGACAGUUCAGUACUCAGCUGACCCAGUGUACUAUGGAUACUACAUGCUUCCAGAUGGAUCGUACUGCUUAGCUCCUCCUCCACCAGGUGUGGAUGCCACCUCGUACUACAACAGUGUAACUUCAGCUGUCAUCUCGACGCCAGCCUCUUCUGAAGCUCAGCCCAACGUUGGGACGACUCCCACACCUGCCGAAACUGUCACUGCGGCGCCGCCAACCUCUACCGCCUCGCAGGUUUCCAGCUCUGCUGCACCUGUGAACAUACAGGAAGCCAGCUCAAAAGUAGAAGCUCCAGUUUCUACACCUGCACCACCAGCCAUCAUUCCUCCACCCCCUGACAUCCAGCCAGUCAUAGACAAGUUGGCUGAGUAUGCUGCAAGAAAUGGUUCGAAGUUUGAGGCUAGCGUCCGUGCGAAAAAUGAUCCUCGGUUUGAGUUUCUGCAGUCUUGGAAUCAGUACAACACAUACUAUGAGUUUAAGAAGAAUUACUUCAUGCAAAAGGAAGGAAAGAUGCUAACAAAGGCUGGGACAGUAGAUGAUAACGAUGAUGGCGACCUUCAAACAGACAGCUCUGACAAAGAGUCCAAGCUAGCAAAAGGCUCUUUUGCCCCCAUCUCUUUUGCCAUCAAGCCAAAGGAAAACGACUUGCUGCCUCUGGAAAAGAACAGAGUCCGACUGGAUGAUGACUCAGAUGAGGACAAGUUAUUGGGAGAUGAGGGGCUGGAAGCUGUCCUUGGUGGAGCCGUAAUUAUUGACAGGGAGCCUCCUCCAAUCAUCAUACCUGAUGAGAAGAAGCCCAUGCUCAGUUUGGAAGAGCUGGAAGCAAAACAAGCCAAGCAGAAGCUGGAGGACCGUCUAGCAGCUGCAGCCCGAGAGAAGCUUGCCCAAGCUGCCAAAGAGUCCAAGGAGAAACAGCUACAGGCAGAGAGGAAGAGGAAGGCAGCGCUGUUUCUGCAGACCCUUCGCAGCCCAGUCCCUGGGGAGCCUGAGGCCAAGAGAGCAGAGCUAGAGUCUUAUUCUCAGCUUGAGCUGGAGGAAGUCUACUCUGCUCUCGUAGAAUCUAGACCUCCUCACGUGUAUCAUCCACCACCCGCGUUUCUUCAGGAGCAAAGAUCUGCUCUGGAAAACCAUGGAUCAAACCGCAAGAGGGAAACGGCAAUUCACUCAUCUUCCUCAGCAUCUUACAAGACAUCUAAAGGCUCAGACAGGAGCAGAGACAGAGACCGGCACAGAGAGAGGGACAGACAGAGAGACAGAGACCGGGGGAAGGAAAAAGAGAAGAAGAAGAAAAAACACAAGAGAAGGUCAAGAUCACGGUCUAGAUCGAAAUCACGGAGCGGACACUCCCUUCCCAGUGCCUACAAAAGAUCUCGCAGAUCCCGAUCCCAUUCUCGCUCCCCAGGGAGGAGGGACAGGAGGGGCCCUUCUUCAGAAAAGAGACUUCCCAGCAGCAGCUCUAGCAUGCCCAGGGGUCGUAAACGAUCCAGAUCUCCUGCUGAGCACAAGAGGCACUCGUUGUCCAGACUCGUGCAGACCGCAGGCUCUUCUGUCUCCCCAUAUUCCUCGCCCAGAGUUUUGUCUCCGUCUGCGAGUCCUGCAUCCAGCCUGGGCCGCUCUAGGGGUGGUUCUCGGGAGAAAGACAGUGCAGUGUCUUCUUCUAUAGUGUCCUCUGUGCAGUCCAAAAUAACUCAGGAUCUGAUGGCCAAAGUACGAGCCAUGCUUGCCACCUCCAAAACCUUCCAGCCUCCCACUUCCUAAAGACGGUGUUGCUUUUUUGUAGCCAUGACAACCUCUGCUGGUCAAAGACCGCUGUUCUCCAAUUUCCUGGAGAUUUAUCUGGCCCACAUUCAUGUUUAUCAACUGCAUCUCUAUCUGAUUUAUUGUUUGAUUUUCCCACGAGCAUCGGCAGACUCGGCUCUUCUGCAGUGCACCUCCUGCAGUCUGGAGCGACCUGAGUGAGCCGGAGCGGCGCUGUAGUGUGGGGUUUCACGCCUGACUGGAGCAGACAGCUCAUUUGCUGGAAGAUUUAGUCACAGUUGAGACUUAAAUUUUUUAAUUAAAUUUUUUUUUUUUUGGGUGCAGCGAGAAACAGUUGAGAAAAUCCACAUUUGUUUUCUAUUUUGCAUCCUGUUUUAUGAUAAACUCGUAAAGAUGUCAGUCAUUUUUGCAGCCUUACCUUGAGCUGCAGUGAAUUAUCUCCUUCUGUGAAGGUUUAUGUUUGGAUCAUCUGUUUCUUCCUGUCUUCUCUGCUACUGUUUCUCCCCCCAGAUUUUUCAUUCUCUCCAUCAUUUUAUUAUUCUACUAAAAGAGGAUUUAGUUUUUAUCCUGUGCCUCAGUUGUAGAGUGGCCUUCUCUUCCUGAAGUUUCAUGCAGAACAAAUUUGUAAGCAGUCAAAGUUUCAGUCAUGGUUCAUCUAAGCAUUUUCUUAAAAAUGUAAACAAAUAAACAGUUUGUACUGUAAAUACAUGAAAAGUA